AUGUGCCACAAACAUCGGGGCAAAGCCAUAAUUUUCAACCACGAACGAUAUGAUGAAAAUUUGAGUUUGAAAGUACGCCAAGGUACUAAAGCCGACCGCGAGAGACUUGAAAAAACACUUCAGAACUUAGGUUUUGUGGUACGAGUUUACGACGAUCUGCCGAAAAAAGUUAUUCUUGAGAAACUGAUUCGAGAACAACAAAAUAAUUAUCAUUACAACAGUGACUGUCUGGUAGUUGUGGUUCUUACCCAUGGAGGAGAAAAAGGAAGGCUGUAUGCAAAAGACACUUUUUACACAGUUUCUGAACUAUGGGCACCAUUCAUGGCAGAUAAUUUUGGUGUCAACACAACGAAAGUCACUACUGAUAGCAUUAAAAUGCUGGAUGAGAGUGCUGGUGCGACUUUCACAAUUCCCAAUGAAGCUGAUAUUCUCGUAGCGUACAGUACUUACGAAGGACGUGUUGCAUACCGUGAUACAGACGAUGGCACCUGGUACAUCAGCGAGUUGUGCAAAGAAAUGGAUCAAAGCGCCAAGAGCGAUGAUCUUUUAACUAUGUUGACGCGGGUUAAUCGACAAGUAGCAUUAACAAAGGAAAAUUUCCAAGAAAAGCAGAUGCCGAGUCUUCAGUCCACGCUCACACGCAAAAUUUACUUCUUCACUGACGACCGUCAUAAGCAGUCUAUUUCGAAUUCGUCACUUCAAGAAAUUCAUUCAAAACUGGACCGCUUAUUGAAUGCUUCGGAAAGCGGUUUAGCAUCGCCUUCGUCAUUGCCAAUUUCUGAUACUCUAGAGUCUGCG